AGCUCUAGGUCACAUUUGGUUUCUGUAAUCGCUACCGAAAGUGCUACUCACAAUGAUCACGAGGUCAGUUCUCUUGCUGGCCGGCUUACUAGCCGUCGCCAACGGAAUGGUCCGCGAGCAUUGGUUGGAGACCCUGGUUGACCACUUCACUCCACGUAAUCGGGAUACGUUUUCGAUGCGGUACUACUCCAACGAUGAACACGCCUACCCGAAGGGACCCAUCUUCAUCGUCGUUGGUUCGAACGGACCCAUUGAAACUCGCUAUCUGAGCGAGGGUUUGUUCUACGAUGUCGCCUACCUGGAGGGAGCAUACCUGUUCGCCAACGAGCACCGUUACUUCGGACACAGCUUGCCAGUUGAUGAUGCAUCCACAAACAACUUGGAUUUCCUGACCAUCGACCAGGCGCUGGCUGAUUUGGCUGCGUUCGUUCACCACGUGAAAUUCGAAGUCGUUGGUAAUCCCGAUGCUAAGGUUAUCCUGAUGGGCUACGGUUAUGGCGGUAGCUUGGCCACUUGGUUCCACCAGCAGUUCCCGCACCUUACCAACGGAGUCUGGGCCUCCAGUGGAACCGUCGAAGCUGACUUUGACCUGACCGGAUACAUGGAAUCUCUGGGCGAAACCAUUGGUGAGUUCGGCGGACGUGACUGCUACGGAACGAUCUUUACUGGAUUCCGUGUUGCCCAAAAUCUGAUCGCCAUGGAUCGCGCCGAUGUGCUGACCGAACAGUUCCAUCUGUGCGAACCCUUGGAUACCGACGACGAGAUGGACGCUACUGCCUUCCUCCUGGGACUGCAGCGUGCUAUUGAAGACGAGAUGAUGCAUCUGCGUAACACCCACUCUACUGCCGAGAUGUGCGACAUCAUCGACAACGAAGAGGAUACCAUCGAGAACAGCCUGUUGGCCUUGGGCAACUGGUUCGCAGAGGAACACCAAUUCGAAAACUGCGUUGAUCUGAGCUUCGAAGCUUUCAUGGCACCUUACAUGGAUACUGACUUCGAUGAUACUGACCUCCAGGCAGGACACCGCCAGCGUCUGUAUCUGCAGUGUACCUCGACCGGAUUCUUCGCCACUACGGACUCGUUCUACCAACCGUUCGGAGACCAGAUCGAUUCAGACUUCUACGUCGCGGUCUGUCGCCACGCUUUCGGCGACUGGAUCGAUGAGGACUUCAUCCGUGCCCAUGUUUUCCGUACGAACGCUCGCUUCGGUGGCAAGCGACCUGAGAUCGUGAAUGCCCACUUCACCCACGGAGACAUCGAUCCGAUGAUGGUGACCGGCAUUGUGGAUGAUCUGAACGACGACGCCGAAGCCACGGUGAUCCCGAACGAGUUCCACGCUCCGGAUCUGGAGUCGAUCGACUAUAUGUACGAUUCGCCGGAACUGAUCGCUGCCAAGGAACACACCCGCAACUUGAUCGAUUAUUGGAUCUUCAAGGAUUUUGAUCCGAUCAUUUAAAUAGUUGGUAGAAAUGCGUUUAAGGGAUUCGACCUUAUUUGCAUGAAUAGGUGUUAAAAUGUGAUGUGUUGACGUUCGGUGAUCCGUUUAAUAAAUUUAUUAAUUGUUCGGA